GUGCUUGCAAAAAGCCCUGGUCUUGGAUUUUCAGUUUCAUCCUCCUCCUGGUUUGGGUUCCCCAAAGACCCAAAAGAUACAAACCCAUUCUUAAAUCAAGUCAUGUCAGUUUCAACAAGUUCAUGCGCUGUUGCAAAACAAGGGUUGAUGCCCGAAAGUGGAGUUGAGCAGAUUGAAUUGCUCAGGGCACGUGAUGAUAUACAUGGGGGUGUCGUUGUAGACAUGGAUGACCAACCUAUGGAUUCUGAUGUUUUCGCUUCCUUGCUCAAAGCUUCACUGUCAGAAUGGAGGCAAAAGGAAAAGAAGGGCGUUUGGAUCAAAUUGCCGAUUGAACUCUCAAAUCUUGUUCAUCCUGCAGUUAAGGAAGGAUUUACUUAUCACCAUGCUGAAUCAGAUUACAUAAUGCUGAAACGUUGGCUGCCUGAAACUGUUGAUACUCUUCCCGCAAAUGCUUCUCAUCGAGUAGGCAUUGGUGCUUUCAUCAUGAACAGUAAGAGAGAGGUGCUUGUGGUUCAGGAGAUCAAUGGCAGAUUCAAAGAUACGGGUAUCUGGAAGAUGCCAACUGGGGCUGUUAAUGAAGGUGAGGAUAUAUGUGCAGCCGCAGUUAGGGAAGUCAAAGAAGAGACAGGAAUUGAGACAGAGUUCGUGGAAAUAUUAGCCUUCAGGCACAGCCACAAGUCAUUCUUUCGAAAAUCAGAUUUGUUUUUCGUUUGCAUGUUGAAACCACAAAGUUUUGACAUCCAGGAACAGAAUCAAGAGAUUGCCGCAGCCCAGUGGAUGCCGUUUGAGGACUAUGCAGCUCAACCCUUUGUCAAACAAAACAAACUCUUUGAUUAUGUAGCAGAUAUCUGUUUGGCAAAAACAGAUAAGCAGUAUACCGGUUUUACUCCUCUAGCAACAACUACAUCAUCCGGAAAAGCAAGCUACUUGUAUUUUAACAACCGAGAUAUGGGUGAUGACCUACUCACUUCUGAUAAACAACAAUAGAAAACUUGAUCCAACUCCAUAAAAAAUAUGCGAGAACAAUUCCUGUGAAUCACCAUCGUUGUGAAAUCCCUUUUAGUGUUACAAAUAGUGUCAGAGAAUUCAUUCAGGUUUGGGUUUAACCUUGUACGUACAUGUGUACAUUGAUGUCUUAAUGGUCAAAGUAGUGUCAAUAACGAUUCCUGUUGAUUAUGUGUCAUGUAUAUGUCUGUACGCAGUGAAAUCUGCUAAUUGGUUUGAUGUAAUUUCCCAACUGUAACGUGUCAUUUGCUCUGUCUCUUUACUCUUUAGUUCAAUAAAUCAAAUAUAUUUGCCCU